GACUUUCUUCUAUAUGCGUUGUAUAUUCAUUGUUUAUUACCUUUUUUGAGUUUGCCUCUUUUCCCUUCAGGUAACCUAUCAGCUUCGUAUACUUCCAACUAUUAGUGGGAACAGUUCAUUAAUUUUUGUAUAAAGUACUUAAAUAUUAAACCAAAUAAUUAUGGCAAAGUUCGAUUUAACAUGUCGUAUUGGCCAGUACCUCGACCGGCACUUAGUAUUACCGCAGCUUGAAUUUCUCAACGCAAAUAAAAUUUUUGAUGAAAAGGAUUUACUCCAAGCCAAACUAGACACCCUUAGUACAACUAAUAUGGUUGAUUAUGCUAUCGAUGUAAAGGAGCAACUGCAUCCUGAUACCACUAAACCACAAAUUAAUAUGGAUGGGAAUGAUUUAAAUGAAUUAAGAAAUAAAAGAGUUUUGAUUUUGGAAGAAUUAAAACGAUUACAAGAUGCUGAUAAAAUUUUUGGAGUAUUAGAAAAUGAUGAAGUUAUGAAAAAAAUGGAAAGUAUGCGUGAUUCCAAAGCAUUAAUAAAAUUUUUGGCAGAUUUAGCAGAUUUUCGAAUUGAAAUGAUGGAGGAUAUAGUAAGACUUGCUAAAUACAGAUAUGAAUGUGGUAAUUAUACAACGUCAAGUUCAUAUUCAUAUUUUUAUAUGUUAGUCAUGCCACCUUCAGAUAAGAAUUAUUUGAACGUGUCAUGGGGGAAAUUAGCAUCAGAAAUCCUUACACAAGAAUGGGAUACUGCACUUGAAGAUAUUAACAAAUUACGAGAAUAUAUCGAUAGUAACGUUGGAAUUGGAAAUCCACUACAAAUACUUCAACAGCGAACUUGGUUAAUUCAUUGGAGUCUUUUUGUAUUCUUUAAUCAUAUUAAAGGAAGAGAUAUGAUCAUUGAUAUGUUUCUUUAUAGACCACAUUAUUUGAAUGCAAUUCAAACAAUGUGUCCACAUAUUCUUCGUUACUUGGCUGCUGCAGUUAUUGUUAAUCGUUCUAGAAGGGCAGCAUUAAAGGAUCUUGUUAAAGUUAUUCAACAGGAAUCAUAUACAUAUAGAGAUCCAAUCACUGAAUUUCUUGAACAUCUUUAUGUUAAUUUUGAUUUUGAUGGAGCUCGUCAAAAAUUACAAGAAUGUCAAACUGUCUUGUGUAAUGAUUUCUUUCUUAUAGCUUUGCCUAAUGAAUUUGUUGAAAAUGCAAGGUUGAUGAUAUUUGAAACAUUCUGCAGAAUUCAUCAAUGUAUUAGUAUACAAAUGCUUGCUGAAAAAUUGAAUAUGGAGGUUGAUAUUGCAGAAUGUUGGAUUGUAAAUUUAAUUCGUAAUGCAAGACUUGAUGCUAAGAUAGAUAGUAAGUUGGGACAUAUAGUAAUGGGAGGUCAGCCUGCUUCACCAUAUCAACAACUUAUUGAAAAAAUUGAAACAUUAAGUGUAAGGAGUGAAGCUUUAGAAAAUUUAAUAGAACGAAAGGUUAAAGCAAAAAAUCAAGAUCCAAUAAGUAUAGUGUGGAAUUAAGGUAAUGCAUUCAUAUUUAAUGAA